AUGAAUUCUAGUGAAUUGUUUGACAAUGUCACCCACGUCUCUUUAAACCAAGUUUACCAGAUCACUAAAGUAUUUUUCUUCAUCUUGUCCUUCCUCACCUACGGUUUCUUCCUCUAUUUCAUCUUCAACAUCCUAUCUGUCUACUUCACCACCCAGCAUGUCCAAGAGAACUCCCGGUACAUCCUGUUCGCCCACAUGCUUAUUAAUGACACCGUGUGCCUGUCUCUGAGCCUCGUUCUUGGUAUCGUCUAUCAGUUUUCUUUUAUACCAGUGCCCAUCUGCUAUUUCCUCAUUGCUAUUUCCUCUGCCACUUUUCAUGUUACACCUUACAACCUGGCAGCCAUGGCGCUUGAGCGUUAUAUUGCCAUCUGCUACCCGCUGCAAUACUUCAUGUUUUGUACGACUCAGAGGUCCUACAUGGUCAUCGGGCUCAUGUGGAUUGGUGGACUAAUCCCUAAUGUUGUAGAUUUUGUGAUCCUGGUUAAACUUGUUCCGAGGGAGUAUUUCUUGCAGAGCGUGCUGUGUAAACAGCAAACAUUACUGGUAGUCCCCUUACAGAACACACUAAAGUCUUUCACUUUUGUCGGUAGUUUGCUCCUGGUGGCUCUUAUCAUUCUCUUCACCUACGUUAACGUUCUGAGGGUUGCUCAGAAGUCGGGGUCCAGCGUGUCUUCGGCCUCCAAGGCAGCAAAGACACUAAUACUCCAUGCCUUUCAGUUGUUGUUGUGCAUUGUAUCCUUAGCGUCCAUAGUGACUGAAAACUACGGUGCUUUCAUGACCAUGGCCAACUUUUUCAUCUUCAUGUGUGUGCCGAGGCUACUCAGCCCUCUCAUCUAUGGCAUCAGAGAUGAAGUGUUCAGACAAUGUAUUAGAAAGAUGUAUUUCUUAAUUUAUAAAGAUACAACUCCAACAAUAAAAUAG